GAAGAAUCAUCGGAAGACCCAAUGUCCAAAGAUCAACCUAGUCAAUUAGGAAAGUUGGCACCAAUGGCAAUUGGAGAUCAAAAACUUGGACGACACAUUGGAUUCUUUAGUGGAACAGUGAUGAAUGUUGGAGAAAUCAUUGGAUCAGGCAUCUUCUCAAAUCCUUCAUAUAUUCUUAAAAAUACAGGAUCUGGUGGAAUGAUGCUUAUACUUUGGAUCGUAGGAGCUCUCACAAGUGUUUCUGGAUUACUUACUUUUUUGGAACUGGGAACAAUGCUUCCUCGUAGUGGCGGUGAAAAGACAUAUAUUGGUUAUAUUUAUCACAAACCCAAUCAAUUAUUAUCGUUUAUAUUUAUGGUCAUGGUGGGAAUAUGUACAAGAUGUGGCUCUCUUGCUCAGGGAUCUAUUGUAUUUGGUGACAAUAUGGUUUAUGCUAUGUAUGGUGGAAAUGAAAGGAACGAAUGGGCUUCACGCGGCUUUGGAGGCAUCUUACCGAAUCGACCUUCUCUGACAACCAAUUUCUCAUUUAACGGCACUGUUCAAAACGCAGGAUCCUAUGCAAAUGCCAUCUACUUUAAUUUGCCUCGGUGUGGUGCCACUUCUAUUGCGUUUGCAACUGUUGUUUAUCUCUUGGCAAACUGUGCCUACUUAUCCGUCUUAUCUUUGGAAAUGAUCAAGUCUUCCGAUUUGACUGUGGCUGCCCAUUUGUUCAAUGUUGCUUUUGGUGGUACGUUUGGAUCUCAUGUCUUGCCUGUGUUUGUUGGAUUGUCAUCUUUCGGUAUGGUAGGCGUAAUUGUGUAUUCUGCUUCCAGGGUGAUAUUGGAGUUUGCUCGUGAAGGUCAUCUACCCUUUGAUCGGUACUUUAGCAAGGUACAUCCUACAUUACAAACCCCAGUUCCUGCUCUUCUAUUACUUUAUGGUCUUUCUUUGGUAUUUUUGUUAGGUCCUCCUCCAGGCACAGUGUUUGAAUUCAUUAUAGCGUUUACUAAUUAUGGUGAAUACUUUUUUGCUGCCUUGUGUGCCAUUGGUAUAUUUAUCCUUCGACAUAGAGAACCUGAUCUGAAGCGUCCCAUUCGAGCACCAACCAUAUUUGUUUUCUUUUUUAUUGCAGUAUGCAUAUUCACCAUUGUAUUUGUCUUUCUUCCACCCACACAUGCUCCGGCAUCUUAUCCCUAUUAUGGUAAUUGA